AUGGGGAAGCCCUUGGCAGGCAUGCCAGUCCCCACAGCAUUCACCAAGGAAGACAGCCAAGGACUCUGCUCCUUCCAGGAGCCUGGGCAGCAGCCCCUGCACCAGCAGUCGCCCUACGGACCCUGCCACUAUGAGAUGAAGCAGUUCCUGGAAUGUGCUACCAACCAGAGGGACCUGACCUUGUGUGAGGGCUUCAACGAGGCUCUGAAGCAGUGCAAGUACAGCAAUGGUGAGUCUGUGCCCUGA